UCACAUGGAUACUGUCUGUGGACUCUGGUAAAGGGAGCAGCUGGAACUAUCAUAACCCUGCUAAGAAAGACACAGCUACCAUUGAGGAGCCAUGGCCUCCCUUGGACAGAUCAUCUUCUGGGGCCUGAUAGUCAGUAUCUUCGUAACUGCUGGACUCAUCAUCCUCAUCUUGUCUGUGUCAUUUUCAGGUCAGGGUUUGGGGGGUUGCAAGGGCACUGUGGAUAGCAUUGACAAGUGGCCCAUUGGGAACUUGGGGGAAGAUGUCAUCCUGAGCUGCAAGUUCAAGACUUCCAAUAACAGCAGGGAAUCGACCAGUCAGGUUUCAAUCACCUGGACGAAGGAGGGGCUAAGUGAGGUGGUGUACAAGUACGAUAAAGGAGCAGUCCAGCUGACGGAGCAAAACCCCCAGUUUAAAAAUAGAACCUUGCUGUUCUCAGACGCCAUAGUUGGAGGCAAUGCCUCUCUGUUGCUGAGGGACGUGAAAGUGGGAGACAAGGGGGUGUACUACUGCAGUGUGAGCACUGCUAGUUGCUCGGGGACUGCCAGUGUUCACCUCAGGGCUGCAGCUUUCUCAGACCCCAAAUUCAAGCGGGUAAACAGUACCCUGACGGCAGAGGCAGAGAGAUGGUUCCCCAAACCAAACGUCACCUGGUUGGACGUCAAUGACAACGUCCUGAGCAAGAGUGAAACUAGCUUCUUCAACAACUCUGCCGGGAUAACUCGAUUCAUCAGCUCCCUUCAGCCAAUCGAAUUGUAUGAUAGCUACACCUGCAUCAUCCAAAACCCUCUGGUGAAGGCUGUCUCCCAGGCAACCGUCAAAGGUCCAGUAAGCACCUUUCAGGGCAAAGAAAAUACUAUUUUAUACUGA